UAAAAUUUGAAUUUUUCGUCUUCAAGAUCCGGCCGCUGCAUUUACAAGGUAAUUGGUAUGCUAUAUGGUGCGGAAGUGUUAUGAACCAAUUGAAGCAGAUUCAUGCCUACAGCCUCAGAAACGGCGUAGAUUAUACCAAAUUCCUCAUCGAAAAACUCCUGCAGAUCCCAAAUCUACCGUAUGCUUGCACCCUCUUCGACCUUAUUCCUAAACCUUCUGUUUUUCUUUACAACAAGUUUAUUCAAACAUUUUCUUCCAUUGGUCACCACCACCGAUGCUGGUUGCUUUACUAUCAAAUGUGCCUCCAAGGUUGCUCUCCCAAUCACCAUUCAUUCACCUUUCUCUUUCCCGCAUGCGCUUCCUUUUUAAAUGCUUACCCUGGUCAGAUGCUUCAUUCCCAUUUCUGUAAGUCCGGAUUUGCCUCCGAUGUAUUUGCUUUGACGGCGUUGUUGGACAUGUAUGGGAAAUUGGGGAUUUUGAAGUCUGCACGCCAACUGUUUGAUGAAAAGCCUGUUCGAGAUAUACCCACUUGGAAUUCGAUGAUUGCAGGUUAUGCGAGGUCCGGGUACAUGGGGGCAGCAUUGGACUUGUUCGACAAAAUGCCUACGAGAAAUGUGAUCUCUUGGACAGCCUUGAUAUCUGGAUAUGCGCAGAAUGGAAAGUAUGCGAAGGCCUUGGAGAUGUUUCUGAGGUUGGAAAACGAGAAAGGCACUAAACCGAAUGAGGUGACCAUAGCCAGUGUUCUUCCUGCCUGUGCCCAUCUUGGGGCGUUGGAUAUUGGGAAGAGGAUUGAAGCCUACGCUCGGAAGAAUGGGUUUUUCAAAAACUUGUAUGUGAGCAAUGCGAUACUGGAAGUGCAUGCUAGGUGCGGUAACAUUGAGGAAGCUAGGCGAGUUUUUGAUGAGAUUGGAAGCAAAAGAAAUUUGUGCUCAUGGAAUACCAUGAUAAUGGGAUUGGCUGUUCAUGGAAGAUGCUGUGAUGCUCUUCAGCUUUAUGAUCAAAUGUUGAUGCAAAGAACAAGACCCGAUGACGUGACAUUUGUAGGGCUGCUCUUGGCUUGCACUCACGGGGGCAUGGUUGCGAAAGGUCGACAACUCUUUGAAUCAAUGGAGAGAAAGUUUCAAAUUGCUCCCAAAUUAGAGCACUAUGGGUGCUUGGUCGACCUAUUGGGCAGGGCGGGAGAGAUAGAAGAAGCUUACAGCCUCAUUCAGAGCAUGCCAAUGCUUCCUGAUUCUGUUAUAUGGGGAGCUCUUCUGGGAGCUUGCAGCUUCCACGGCAAUGUUGAACUGGGUGAAGUAGCAGCUGAGUCCUUAUUCAAGCUGGAGCCAUGGAACCCUGGAAACUACGUCAUUCUCUCAAACAUUUACGCAUCGGCCGGGGAUUGGUCCGGAGUUGCGAGGGUGAGGAAGAUGAUGAAGGGAGGGCAUAUCAGGAAGAGAGCAGGAUGUAGUUAUAUUGAAGUGGGAGAUGGGAUUCAUGAGUUCAUUGUGGAAGAUAGAUCACAUCCGAAGAGUGAUGAAAUAUAUGCUUUACUUCAUGCCGUUUAUGCCAUUAUUAAACUUCAUAACCAAAACGAAGGUGAAGAAGAACUACUGUAUUCUUCAUACAUAUGAGUGUAUUUAUUAUUAUUAGCAGCAGUUUGGUUUCUAA